AUGGGCGGGUCCGCAGCCGCGCGCAGCUCCGAGAUGGAGCUUGGCACCGAGUCCAUCUCGAUGGGACUACACUCGUUCGAAGACAUCAUGGACACGGACUGGGAAGGCUACAUCUGGAAGCAAGGCCAUGUCGUCCGCAACUGGCGCAACCGAUAUGCAGUCCUCUCGGGCACGUGCUUCACCUACUACGCCUCCAAGGAGGCCGCGUCCGCGGACCUUGAAAAGUACAAGGGCCGCGUGACCGUCACCGGCGCCAAGAAGGACCCGAGCCGCAGCAAUGGCUUUGUCGUAACGACCUCGAUCGACAAGCUCUUUACCAUC